ACUGAAGAAGGGAGCUUGGUUCCCAGAGCCAGCUGGGUCUUCUGUGGAGACUCUGCCAGAAUCCUCAACAGCUUGGAUCCCUGACAGCUGGAGGAACUGACAGCUGGCUGACAGAAAACGCAUCCAGGGAGAGAAAAAAGACAUCAGUGGAGUAUCACAUUCUGAAUGAUGUUUUCAGAUGCUUUGCAUUCAGAAUAGACCUCUGGGUUGGGACCCACGCUGCCAGCCAGUCCUAAAAUUCCUAAGUUCCUGAGUUACAGGUAUUGAUUUCUGACGUUUGAAGAUGGACGAAGGUGUAGAAAUUCCAAGUGAUGGGAAUUCCCUGAUAAAAGCCGUCCACCUGAGCCGGCUCCGCCUCACCAGACUCUUGCUGGAAGGCGGCGCCUACAUCAACGAGAGCAAUGACCGCGGGGAAACCCCGUUAAUGAUCGCCUGUAAGACCAAACAUGUGGAUCACCAGAGUGUCAGUAAAGCCAAGAUGGUCAAAUACCUGCUAGAGAACAACGCCGAUCCCAACAUACAGGACAAAUCUGGGAAAACCGCUCUGAUGCAUGCUUGCUUAGAGAAAGCUGGCCCCGAAGUGGUUUCCUUGCUCCUACAGGGUGGGGCCGACCUCAGCUUGCAAGACCAUGCUAGCUACUCAGCCCUUGUUUAUGCUCUAAAUUCAGAAGAUAAAGAGACCCUGAAUGUUCUACUGAGUGCUUGCAAGGCUAAAGGAAAGGAGGUCAUUAUCAUAACCACAGCGACAUCGCCCUCCGGCAGGCACACCACCCAACAGUACUUAAACGUGCCUCCUUCGGAUAUAGGUGAGUGUCAUUCCCAAGCCACCUGCACCACCCCUUCAGAAGUAGACAUAGAAACAGGCUCGCUGCCCCUUUCACAUUCUUCUGAAACGGAAAUGAGAGUUUUUGGCUUUCACGAUCUGGAGGACUCCGGAAGCCGCGAUGAGACCUGGGACCUGGGCUCCCCUGUGCGGAAGCCUGCGGCGGCCCUCAGUGGGCCCAAGCCACCCUGGGUCAGGAGUGGCCCCCCAUUAAUGACCAGAGUGGCCUCUCUGCAGGAGGAGCUCCAGGAUAUUACCCCAGAGGAAGAAUUAUCCUACAGAACCAACGGGCUGGCACUCUCCAAGCGAUUCAUCACGAGGCACCAAAGCAUUGACGUAAAAGACACUGCACAUUUGCUCAGAGCCUUUGACCAGGCCAGCUCCAGAAAGGCGUCCUACGAUGAAAUGAAUUAUCGAUCAGAAGGAAAUCAGCAAUGCAGUGAAAUCCCUGUUGACCAGGACCCAGACUCUAACCAGACAAUAUUUGCGUCCACCUUAAGGAGUAUAGUUCAAAAAAGAAACUCGGGGGCAAACCACUACAGCUCCGAUUCCCAGCUCUCGGCGGGUCUGAUCCCUACAACUUCGGAAGAUGGCAAAGCGCUGACAGGAAAGAAAAAGAUCCUCUCGCCGACUCCUUCCUUGUUGUCGGGGUCCAGAGACUUGCUGGAGAAUAUGCCCCCAGGCCCCCUGAGCAGGAGGAACCACGCCGUGUUAGAGAGGCGAGGGUCAGGAGCCUUCCCCUUAGAUCACAGUGUUCCCCAAACCAGACCGGGAUUUCUGCCACCCUUAAAUGUGAGUCCUCACCCUCCCAUCACAGAUGUCACCGUCCCCAAGAUCCCCAGCCUUCUUUCUUGCGGUCAGAAAGUGCUCAUGCCAACAGUUCCUAGUUUCCCUAAAAGUAAAAAAAUGUUAAGGAGACAGUCAUUGCAAACAGAACAAAUUAAGCAGUUGGUAAAUUUUUAAGAGAUGGCUGGAAAACAUACUUUGUUCACAGGCCUUUAUCAGAGAAAUAUACAACUAGAGUAGAAAUCUCAAAUGUUCAUCCUUCUAAAUGUUGUAAUUGGUUAGUCCACUAUGGUUAGGGGGAAUCAACAUGUGUAUCAUACGGGGCACUGUGGACACAAAAACUCUAUAGUUUGUGGCGAGGGAAUUCUCUCAAAGAAGUAUUUUUCUCAAAGUUAAAAGUAUUUUUUCUCUAAAGUAUUUCUACCCCCUCUCCCUUCCACUUUUUCUGAAAAGCAAUGGAAAAAAUAUGCUCCAUUAUUUGGGUUAGGAUUAACAAAAAAAAGUACAAAAGAAAAUACUGACAGCUAUAAAAUGUGCUAUGAUAUAUAAGCUUCAACUAUAAAGGAUGAAUAGAUUCUUUAAAAAUGUUGCCCAGGCCUUGAGCAUCAACCUAUAGA